GGUUGCAGAUCAACAUCACUGUUGCAGCACUUUUGUCUCGGUUUAACAGGGCAGGGCGACACUUUUGAACCCCUUGUCAAAAGGCUACACUUUCCAAAGAGCAGGUGUCUACAAGUCGGCUAUACAUCUUCCACAUCAAGAUGUUGGCGUGCACAGAGAUGAUCACUAUGUGCCUUCAGUCGGCGAAAAAUAAGCAUCUUCGCGCUCAGCAGGAACAACCGCAGCCACUGCAUAGCCCUGUUAAUGGACUUCCAAUUUUCAAAGAUAUUUUCUGCCGCGCUGACAAAAACGAUGAUGGAAAACUGUCGUUUGAUGAGUUCAAUGCUUACUUCGCAGACGGGAUUCUCACCACUGAGGAGUUGCAGGAGCUCUUCUACUCCAUAGAUGGGCGGCAGAAUAACAACCUAGAUACCGACAAACUAUCAGAUUACUUUGCUCAACACUUGGGGGGAUAUGUGAAUGUCCUCUCUGCUCUGGAGAUCCUAAAUGUUGCCGUCUUGAAGGCUAUGGACAAAACUAAAAAGGAGUACCAGGACUCCUCUGUGCUGGGACAGUUUGUGACCCGCUUCAUGCUGAGGGAGACCUCCAGCCAGCUGCUCUCUCUCCAAAUGUCCCUGCAGUGUGCCAUGGAGGCCGUGGAAGAGCAGAGCAGACCCGCACCGAGAGCGGUGAAGGUGGCGGAGCAUCCCUCGGCGCAGAGAAACAGCAGACGACGUGGCCGCAAGUUUCAGAAGAACAUGUGCCUCUCCCCUAUCCACCCCUACUCAGGCAUCCUCACUACAGGAGUGACCAUGGAGAUUGAUGACCACUGGUGCUCCCAGGUCAACAGGCUCCAGCAGCUAUUGGACAAGCUGGAGUGGCAGGGUCCAAAGUUGGAACCCCUGAAAGAAGAUACGCUGGCCAGUACAUACAAAUCUAACAUCCUGCUGGUGCAGACGCAGAUGUCGGCAACGGAGGACCUCGAGGAGUUCCAGAAGCUGCUCAAGAGCUAUGUGGAUGCCACGUCCAACCACAGCGACAACUUGCAUGUGUCUAUCCAGAAGCUCCCAGGAAAGUCGUGCUACAUAAUGUAUGAGUUUUGGCAGGAUCGCAUCUCCUGGAUGAGCUACCUGCAGUCCAAUGCCAGUAAGAAAUUCCAGCGUUGUGUCAUUGAUACAUUGGAGGAUUCCGAGCUUGUGUCUACCAUGCUGCUCCCAGCAUCCUGGUGGAUUAUGACUGACUAACUAGCAGCAGACCAUGUAUCCCGCCCCCACACACACACAACAUAACCUCAAGACAAGAAAUUCAACAUUUCAUCCAAGUGUUUCGGUUCAAAGCUACCGGACACGGAACACUGCGUUAGAACAGCAUCUUGCGGCAUCUUUCUUAUGUAUAAUAAAAAUAUUAGGUAU